UGUGUGUUAGUUAUAUAAGGCUCUGUAUAAGGAUUUAUUUUGUUCUUUCUGACUGGAGAGGGAAAACACACACACACACACACACACACACACACACUCACACUCACACACACACACACACACACACACAAUGGAGGUUUCUGUGCUGGUGCCAGAGCAGUGCUCUGGCCCGGAGGUUGAGUGUUAGUCAUGACGCAGCAGGACGUCCCCACAGCCAGCACACUGCACCUGGUGGCCUCAGACAUGACCGACAUCAUAGAGAACCUGGACACACGUGAGCUGGACAUUGGAGAUGGAGAGGACAUGUUUGAUGGUCCAGGAGAGAACAGUGCAGAAUCUCGAGUGUUGUUUUCUCUGAUCUACAAGACGAUGGGAUUUAAAGAACAGGACGCUCGAGUCUUCCUCACAUCAGCUCCCAUCACUGCCAGAAUCCUGGAGGUGGAGCGUUUUGCUUGUGCACAGGACCGGUUCAACCUCACCAACCAGAGGAGUGUGUCAAAGAAAGUUCCUGCAGUUUUCAGGAUCGAUAUGAAACACGGGAACUUCAGCUGGAUUGUUAAGAGGAAGGAGAAACACUUCAUGGAGCUGCACAGAGAAUUACGGACCUACAAAACCUUCCUGAAGAUCCCUCUUCCCUCUCGCACUCACACAGAGCGGAGGCAGACGGUCAGACACACACGUCAGAUGCCCACGUUGCCCCGCGGCGGAGGAGACGAACUCGCCCGAGAGGAGCAAGUGUCCAGCCGGAGGCGUCAGCUCGAGGAUUAUUUAAACAAGCUGCUAAAAAUGCCACUGUACAGAAACUACCACGCCACCUUGCAGUUUAUUGAUGUGAGUCAGCUGUCAUUCAUCCAUGAUUUGGGACCAAAGGGCUUAGAAGGUAUGGUUUAUAAAAGAUCAGGAGGUCGCCGGAUCCCCGGACUGAACUGCUGCGGUCAAAGUAAAGUGUGUUAUCGCUGGUCCAAACGUUGGUUAGUGGUGAAAGACUCUUUCCUGCUCUACAUGAAGCCUGACUCUGGUGCGAUCUCCUUCGUCCUGCUGGUUGAUAAAGAGUUCUGUGUGAAAAUGGACUCCAAAGACACAGAGACCAAACACGGUGUUCGUGUGGACAGUUUGUGCAGGAACCUGGUUCUGAAGUUCUCGAGUUAUCGUCAAACGCGCUGGUGGGGUCAGGCCAUCGAUGACUUUGUGCGCAAAUACGGCAGCGCGUUCCUGCAGGACCAUCGCUUUGGUUCCUUCGCCGACAUUCAGGAGAACAUCCUCUCCAAAUGGUAUGUGAACGGUAAAACCUACAUGGAGGAUGUAGCUACUGCACUGGAGGAAGCUGAGGAGGAGAUCUUCAUCACAGACUGGUGGCUGAGUCCGGAGAUUUUCCUCAAAAGGCCAGUGGUGGAAGGAAACCGCUGGCGUCUGGACUGCAUUCUGAAACGCAAAGCCCAAAAAGGAGUUAGAAUAUUUGUUAUGCUCUACAAAGAAGUGGAACUUGCUCUUGGGAUCAACAGUGAAUACAGCAAGAGGACGCUGCUGCAGCUUCACCCCAACAUCAAGGUGAUGCGACAUCCUGACCACGUUUCCUCCUCCGUCUAUCUCUGGGCUCAUCAUGAGAAGAUUGUGGUGAUCGACCAAUCAGUGGCCUUCGUGGGCGGGAUCGAUCUGGCGUACGGACGCUGGGACGAUCGAGAACAUCGACUAACAGAUGUGGGGAGCGUGACGAGAACCCUGAACACAUCUGCAGAGAACGUAACUGAAGCGUCUCCCUCUAACGGUCCAGUUCAGAGAAACGGUAAAAACUCCAGCAGGGAUCCGGAAGAUCAGCCCAAACUCAAAGGUUACGGGAAAACCAGGAAGAGUCGCUUCAGCAUCAAGAAACGGCUGCAGAGACACGGACUCUCGCACGCCGACAGCGUGAGCAGCGGCGAGAGCUCUGAGGAGAACUCAGACUUGGCUCAGGAUCUGCAGGCCGACGUGAUCGGGCUGAUGGGGAACACACGUUUCUGGCACGGUAAAGAUUACUGCAACUUUGUGCACAAGGACUGGAUCCAGCUGGACAAACCGUUCGAUGAUUUCAUCGACAGACACAUCACUCCCAGAAUGCCGUGGCACGACAUCGCCUCUGUGGUUCACGGGAAAGCAGCGAGAGACGUCGCACGGCACUUUAUUCAGCGCUGGAAUUUUACCAAGACUGUCAAGUCGAAGUAUCGGUCUCUCUCGUACCCGUACCUUCUCCCCAAAUCCCACACCACGGCCAGUGAGAUCAAGUAUAAGGUCCCAGGCUGCGUUCACGCUAAAGUUCAGGUCUUACGCUCUGCGUCUGAUUGGUCCGCUGGUAUAAAGUACCACGAAGAGUCCAUCCACAACGCCUACGUCCAUGUGAUCGAGAACAGCAAACACUACAUCUACAUCGAGAACCAGUUCUUUAUAAGCUGCGCGGAUAACAAACUCGUCUACAAUAAGAUCGGAGACGCCAUUGCACAGAGGAUCAUCAAAGCCUACAGGGAAGGAACGAGGUACCGUGUGUAUGUCAUUACUCCUUUGUUACCUGGAUUUGAGGGAGACAUUAACACUGGAGGAGGAAGUGCCAUCCAGGCCAUCAUGCACUUCAACUACAGAACGAUGAUCAGAGGAGAUCACUCCAUCGUGUCCCAGCUGAAGAAAGAGAUGGGGGAUCAGUGGAUGAACUACAUCUCGUUCGGAGGAUUGAGGACUCACGCUGAACUGGAAGGGAAGCUGGUGACGGAGUUGAUCUACGUCCACAGUAAAAUGCUAAUCGCAGACGACAACACGGUGAUCAUCGGUUCGGCGAACAUUAAUGACCGCAGUAUGCUGGGGAAGAGAGACAGUGAAGUGGCUGUUGUUUUCCAGGACACAGAGACUGAGACAUCUGUCAUGGAUGGACAGGAAUAUCAGGCAGGACGUUUUGGACUCCAACUCCGUCUGGAGUGUUUUAGGACGAUCCUCGGCGCUCACACAGACACCAGCAUCAACAUCUCAGACCCCAUCAGUGACCAUUUCUACAAGGAGGUGUGGUUGACCACUGCAGCUCGCAACGCCUCCAUCUACCAGAAGGUGUUCCGCUGUUUGCCGUCCAGUGACGUGAGGACGAUCCUGGAGCUGGAAGGAUAUCUGUCCAAGCCGAGUCUGGAUAAAGAUGAUCCUCCGAAAGCUCAGGAAGAACUUAAGAAGAUCCGAGGAUUCCUCGUCCAGUUCCCUCUCUACUUUUUAAGCGAACAGAACCUUCUCCCACCCAUCGGGUCUAAGGAGGCCAUGGUACCCAUGGAGGUGUGGACCUGAGAGACCUGAGGUUCCUCCUGCAGAAGUUUAUCUCAGGAUCUCAGGGGGCUUGUUAACUGGUGAUCUGAGGUUUCACCCUGUGGAAUAAUUUUUCUCUCUAACACUAAGGCUAUGCAACUGGCAACGAACACACAGAGACACACAGAGACACACAGAGACACACAGAGACACACAGAGACACACAGAGACACACAGAGACAAGCCUUUUAUCUCCUCAGUAUCUUCACACCUUCCACAAACUACCUUUUGACUUGUUUCUCGUGUCUCACAGCCUUUUUUCUCUACAGGUUAUUAAAUACAAAGUGCCAAAUGUGAGGAUCUUCGUUCACACAACGUUGCCUGUAAAUUCACCGUAUUUGUGGGCGUCGCUUUGUACAUCGCUGUAUUUAAAGUAUUUUAUUUCUGAUUAGAUUUGUCACACACAAUCACACACACAAUCACACACACAAUCACACACACAAUCACACACACAGUACAACAUGUAGUUAGACUCGACUGCACAGAAACGUCUGCACUAUUUAAUUGUCUUCUUGAUCUAAUGAGCGCCGGACAUUCAGGACCUCCCUAUGAAGUGCCUCAGAAAGAGUCCAAGAACAAAACUUACACACACACAUCACACACACACAUUACACACACACACACACAUUACACACACACACACAUUACACACACACAUCACACACACACACACACACACAUUACACACACACACACACACACACACACAUUACACACACACACACACUACACACACACUACACACACACUACACACACACAUUACACACAUCACACACAUCACACACACAUUACACACACACACACACACACAUUACACACACACACAUUACACACACACACACACACACACACACACUACACACACACUACACACACACAUUACACACACACACUCACACACACACACAUUACACAUUACAUUAUAUAACUUCACCUAGAUUUUUAAUCUGUUAAUUCAAAUUAAAUGUUAAUGUUCCUGUGAUUAUAAAACAUUUAAACAGUUUAUAAAAGCUUCUAAAAUCUUUUAGAUGAGGAAAAGGAACAGAGAUGUGAAGUGAAGGAAAGAAUCAUGAAUAAUUAAUAACGUGUGUGUGCAGCAGUGUGAUGUUCAGGAAGUAGAAAUCAUACAGGAAGUAGAAACUGUAAGUCAGGAAUCGAGUCGCACCUGAUGACAGCAAAUUGUCGAUUAUUUGAUGUUAUUUUAUGUUUUGUAAAAUUUCAGUUGUCCAUAAUGUGUCUAUAUUCAUCAGAUUAAAACUAUUUUCUUGUG